AUGGCCGAACCAUUUCCCGUGGUCGGGCCAGAGUACUGCAAAUCGGACCAACCAGUGGAGCUUGGGAUCGUUAGAAAGGCCCUUGCUUUGACAACCGACAACUUCAAGGUCACCGAUGUUAAUGAUAGUAAUAAUGAUUUGUUCAAAGUAAAAGUCAAGUGGUCUCUUCACGGCCGUCGGGUUCUUCAUGAUAUAGCGGGAAAUCCCAUAAUCACUCUACGCCAGAAGAUGAGAACUAUACAUUCAAGAUGGCAAGUGUUUAGGGGAGACAGUCAUGACAAGAAGGAUCUUUUGUUCACUACGGUAACGACCUCAUGUCUGCAGUUCGAGAUAAAGUUGAACGUGUUCUUAGCAAAUAACGAGAGAGAAGAAAAGUCCGAUUUUAGGUUAAAAGGAAGUUUUUUUAAGGGAUCUUGCAUUGUAUACACUGGACAUGGAAACUCUAAAUCCAUUAUUGCCCAGGUAAUAGUUAUUACAUCAACACCUCCACUAGUAAAAACGCUUGUUAUAUCUAUUUUUCGUUUCACAACAUCUAUUAACGACGCAAACAAGACCGUCAUGUGUGAGAAGACGACGACGGAAAAGUUCUUAUCAUUGGGGAAAACUAAUUUUAAGGUCACGGUGAAUCCAAAUGUAGACCAUGUGUUCAUAAUUGCAAUGCUUGUUAUCCUCCACGAUAUUGACACUUUUGUUAAGGAAGCAGCUGAUAAAAUUGUCGAAACUGUUGAAACUGUAUUUUUUUAAUG